ACAAUGGUCUUGGGCUGAUAUUGAUGACUUGGACGUUCGUGAAAGUUCCUAUGCCCCAUCACAACCACCUCCUUCAGUAAUACCAAAUGAGGUGGAUUCUGAAAUAGAAUGGGAUUAUAAUAUUCUGGCAGACUUUACAGAUCGUGAUGAUAUUAAACUUUUGAUGAACAAAGCUUUACAAAGAGCAUUGUCAAUACCAGAAGAAGAGUAUGUCCUUAAACAAUUUCAGAAGAAUCCAAAGUUGAUAUAUCAUUGUGAUUUUUCACCAGAAAAACUUCCUUAUCUGAUUGAAAAUAAUUCAAGAGUUGCAGUAGAAGCCUUAUUACAACUAAAAUCAUCUCCUCAGAUUGGAAA